CUAUAUAAUCUAUAAACUUCCCAUCUUCUAGCUCAGUCAGGCGCAGAAUAGCGGUUUAUUAUGGCUCCGGAACGGCUGUGCGUGUUAGAAAAAGGGGAUUCUGGCUACGGCUUUCACCUGCACAGUGAGAAGUCCCGGCCUGGCCAGUACGUGAGGCUGGUGGAACCCGACUCACCGGCAGAGAAGGCAGGACUGAAGGCAGGGGACCGACUGAUCCGGGUGUGCGGAGAGGAUGUGAAGGAGCUCGGGCACCAGCAGGUGGUGAGCAAAAUCCGGGCUGCGACUGAACGACUCACUCUGGAGGUACAAGGGGUAGAGGAGGAGGAGGAGGAACCCAGUUCCCCUAAAGAAGAGACCAAGGUGGCUGAGAAGCAAACCAUCCCUGUCACUGAAAGGGAACUGCGACCACGACUCUGCACCAUGAAAAAAGGACCAAAUGGUUAUGGAUUCAACCUGCAUAGCGACAAGAUUAACCCUGGGCAGUUUGUACGAGCGGUGGAUCCUGACUCCCCUGCUGAACAGACAGGGCUUUUACCCAUGGAUCGCAUUGUAGAGGUUAACGGAGUGAAUAUGAUUGGGAAACAACAUGGUGAUGUGGUGGCUGCCAUCAAAGCAGGUGGCGAUGAGACUUCCUUGCUAGUCGUGGACCCAGAAACAGAUUCCUACUUUAAGGAUUGUAAUGUGGUUCCGGGAAAACAGCAUCUGACUGGCCCUCUACCAGAAAAGAUUGCCAAUGGUGGCCUAGAGAAGCUUAAUAACUUAGACGAAUGGGAUCACCCAGAGUCCCCUCUAUCUUCGCCAGAACCUGUGCCAGAUACAGUCUCCCCCAAACUGGAAGCACAAAAGGACAGCUCAGAAAAUACCCCAGCACUUUCCCCUACCGAUCCCGCUCUUGACCUGAACAUGUCACUGGCAGUAGCCAAAGAGCGAGCCCACCAGAAGCGCUCACAGAAAAAGGCGCCAUCUAUGGACUGGAGCAAAAAGAAAGAAGUGUUCAGCAGUCUGUGAGACGAGGAAUCCAAGAAGAGCUGCACACCUUAACCAUUCUGUGGCUCCUCCCAGCAGCCUCUUCCUGUCCUGCAUUCCUUUCCUGCGGCAGCACAGUGCACUUCCUGUCCUACAAAGGGUGUUGUGUCGGCCGUAGUCAGCUGGAUUGUUAAUACCAUAUUUCUGGCUAGAAUCCGUCCUGGUAUAUCUCCUGUGCAGCCCCGUAAUGUGACAUUGAUGAGAAUAACGCUGAACUGUACGACUUGUGUGUAUGGUCACGUGCAGCCAACUUUGCUUCAGUCACAUGUCGGGGGCUGCCGUUCUAGCUGCCCUGCUGAGCCGGUUUAAUUCAUGAUUAGAAACUUCAUUUCAGAAACUCUCUCAUGGUCCUACUGAAUUUCCACUGUUUUUUUUUUUUUUUUCGAAGACUUCGGUCAGAAGUUUGUUUUCUAAUACGUUUUGUGAAGAUUAUAACAAAAUAUUUUGCUAUUUAGCUAAAUACAGAUUUCACUACUUUUAA